CCCGGUCCAUGUUCCCUUCUCUCCUCUCCUCGAUGCAGCUCAGUCUUUCCUCCUGUCAUGCUGAAGCGAUGGUGUAAUUAACAGGGCUCUGUGGGAGAGGAACUGCUCUGCUUCCUAUAGGAUCCUUUUUGCCAAACGCUGACUCUCAGUCUGCUGGAAACAAAUGGAAGGGAACAUUUGCUCUGCCACCAGGCAACUGGGGAUUCCUCUUAGUGUGAAGUGGGAUUUUUGAUUUUCUUUCCUGGACUUUGCAGAGUGAAUUUUCUCAAUUCUAUCUGCACACAUUUCUUUAACAGAACCUGAGAAGGAUUUGGUCUUUUCUACAUGAUAUAAAGAGCUGAAGGAAACAGGUGGCAUUGGUGGGUUUAAAACCCCUCCACUGCAUGUUGGGGAGCUCAGCUCACCCCCCUGCUGAGAUCCAGCAGGAGCAGCCAAGACCUGGACACCAACAAAAAGACAGACAUUAAUUCACCCAAGAGGCAGAUCAGUGUGUUUCUUCAAUCUGGUAACACCGUCACACUCACAGAAGUAGCCGGAUCAUAUGUGAGUCUUGCUGACUAGUAGCAGGAUUUCCAUCUCAGUGUGAGAGGGAGGGGAGCGUGCGGUUAUCAGGCGGCCUGGGAGAAGAUGCCAGCCAUCCUCGUGGCCUCAAAGAUGAAGUCGGGACUCCCCAAACCCAAACCGGUGCACAGUGCCCUGCCCAUCCCCCAGACCCACAGCAGGCUGUCAGCUCUAGCUCUGCCUCAGGCGCCCGUCAAGACCCACAUCCCCUCGCUGGGCCAGCAGGUGGGCUCAGGACCCCCGAGAUGCGUCACGCCAGGGUCAGAAGCUGGAGGAAACCCUCAGAUCUACACGGACUGGGCCAACCACUACCUUGCCAAGUCAGGACACAAGCGUCUGAUCAAGGACCUGCAAACAGACGUCACAGACGGAGUGCUGCUGGCUGAGAUCAUUCAGGUCGUAGCCAAUGAGAAGAUCGACGAUAUCAAUGGCUGUCCCAAGAGCCGUUCUCAGAUGAUUGAGAACAUCGAUGCCUGCCUCAGUUUCCUGGCAGCCAAAGGAGUCAACAUCCAGGGUCUGUCUUCAGAGGAGAUUCGGAAUGGUAAUCUGAAAGCCAUCCUCGGCCUCUUCUUCAGCUUGUCCCGCUACAAACAGCAGCAGCAGCAGGCACAGCGGCAGAACUCCCAGCCCUCUCUCCCUCCCGCCGCCCAGUCCCAGAGCACACACCCUCCCCUGAGCCAGCAGAGCAGCGCCCCGGCCCAGCUCAGCCACUCUCCGCAUGGGACUCCUGCCCUUACAGCCCAGAAAGCAGCACAGGCCGAGAUGCAGUCCAGGGAUGGGUCUCAGAGUAAACUACUCAAGUUUUCCCUUGGUCAGAAAAAGACCUCUAGACUUCCUGGCCCCUCGGCGAGGGUGUCCACUGCCGGCAGUGACAUCCCUCCAAGAGGCUCGGUCAGUGCUGCUGGGAACCGACGCAGUCAGGGCUUCAGUGACAAGACCAAAGCCAACUCGCACCUGAACAAAGAUUCCUCAGAGGGCAUGACCUCACAGCCUUCGGUGAUGACUGAGCAUGCUCUGUCAUCUGCAGUAACUGUCAGCUCCUCUACCAGCAUCCCCGCUGCUACCUCCGCCCAGAUUCCUCCUCCAUCUUCGUCGUCCUCAUCCUCUUCCACGGCCAUUCCCCAGCCCAACAGCAACAGCAAACCUUGGAGGAGCAAGUCUAUGAGCUCCAAGAACACCUCCUCUCCUCUAUCCUCCACCAGCACUCCCUCGUCUGCCAUGCAGUCUGUCAAGGAGAAGGACACCUCCUGUAAGGCCCUGGCAAGUGAAGCUCCUCCUAAGGUUGUCGCUCAGAAGUCAAUGCUGGAGAAGCUUAAGCUCUUCAACAGUAAAGGAGGCUCCAAAUCUUCCAGCUCGUCCAAUGGAGCCGUGGCCCAGGCUGAUAACGCUGCCCAAGCCAGGCAACUCGGAGCAGGGCAGGUAGAGAGAGCCGAGACUGGUUCUAACACCGACCCCCUGGAGGAAGAUGAUGGCAACGUCCGGCCGGGAAUGAACGGGACGAGCAAUGGGACAGCCUACGGAGCAGCUCCCUCAGCAGGUACUACUGUCACCACAACCGCCAGCAGCCCCAAAAUCGCCCUGAGGGGCAUUGCCCAGCGCACUUUCAGCAGAGCUUUGACUGCCAAGAAGAGCUCGGUCAAAGGAAGCGAAAAAGAAAAGGACAAGGAGAGGGCGAAGGAGAAGGAGAAAGCGAAGGAGUUAGGGAAGCGCACCUCUGUCCCCGACAGGACAGAGCUCAGGGGGGAGGAGCCUAAGGAGGAAGUAGCACCCGUUGCUGUAGACACAGACAGUUCAAACAAAAGGACCUCUAAAAUCACCAGCUUCAUUCCCAAGGGAGGUAAAGUGGCCAAAAAGGAGAGUUCCACCCCUGCACACAGCGGAAUACCAAAGCCAGGAAGCAAAGCCCCGGGAGUCGGGGGGAAAGCCUCCUCAGUGAAGGAGGCUGGUGAGAGGCCUCGGAGCAUGCGGUUAGGAGGGGGUCUCGCCAUGCACCGCGGCCCCCUGGACAGAGAUAGAGACAGGGACAGCAGACACUCCAGCUCUACUUCCAGUCUGGCCUCCACAGAGGGAAAGAGUAGCGCCGCCCCUGGGGCAGGAGGAGGCACUACACAGAGCACAGCCAGCAACACGGUCAGCGUGCAGCUACCUCAGACUCAACAGCAUCACAGCCACCCCAACACGGCCACUGUCGCACCGUUCAUGUACAGAUCCCAAGCAGACUGCGACGGAAUAGGCAACCCUGAGACCGGCUCAGGAGGAAUUGGUGGAGACAUUUCCUUCACCAAGACCAGUCAGCUCUCCAUCGAGGACCUUUCAGCUGAAGACCCAGAGACGAGGCGGUUGCGUACUGUCAAAAACAUAGCAGACCUGCGGCAAAACCUGGAGGAGACCAUGUCCAGCUUGCGAGGAACUCAGGUCACACACAGCACCUUGGAAACCACCUUCGAUGGCAGCGUCACCACCGACAUCAGCAGUGGCGGAGGUGGCGGAAGCGCCAGCAACAACAGUGGAGGGGGUCGGAGCAUCCUCAGCCUCACUUCUACCCGACCUUCCCUGGCAUCAUGGCGACUGGGCCAGUCCAGCCCUCGCCUGCAGGCGGGCGAUGCCCCCUCUAUGGGGAACAGUUACGGCGGCCGGGCGGUUGGCAGCCAGGGAGGACGCUACCUGUACCCUGGGCACCUCCGACGGCAGCUGGCUGGUAGGGGAGGAGCCCUCUGCAGCGUGGACCUCGGAGACAGAGCCGGGGAGGACGUUGACCUGGACAGCAUGUCUGUGGAGGUCACUGGAUACAUGAGCGACGGAGACGUGCUGAGCAAGAACGCUACGCGCGCUGAUGAUGUCACCAGCGGCUACAUGACUGACGGAGGUUUGGGUCUGUACACGCGGCGCCUGAACCGCAUGCCCGACAGCAUGGCCGCCGUCCGAGAGACUCUCCAUCGAAAGACGUCGUCAGGACAGGGAGAUGCCGACAGCUGGGAUGACAGCAGCUCUGUGAGCAGUGGCAUCAGCGACAACAUCGACACAGAUGACAUCAACACCAGCUCUUCCAUCUCCUCCUACGCCAACACCCCCGCCGCACAGCGCAAGGGCCUCAGCACACAGCCUGUGACAGAUGCAGAGAAGCACUCGGCCUCCACAGCGGUGCAUCAGGCCUGGUCAGGAGACGAGGUGAAGAGGCCAGACGGCGGGUCAGACAGCGGGGUCAGGAUGGAGCCAGGCUCAAAGUGGAGCCGCCGGAACCCCUCCGACAUCUCUGACGAGUCCGACAAGGGCAGCUCGGGCAGGAAGACCCCCUCCGUGUCGCACACAGGCUCUUGGAGGAGAGGCAUGAGCGCUCAGGUGGGGGUGACGUCCCCCCGGACUAAAAGCACCAGUAGCACGAGCUCCACGGGCUCCGCUGGCCUCAAGACCCACAGUUCAGGUAAGACGGAUGACGUCAAGGUGUCAGAAAAAGGUCGUCUCUCUCCUCGCGCUAAUGGCCUUCACCGCUCGCCCUCAGACGCAGGACGCAGCAGCGGCGAUGAGGCAAAGAAACAGUCGAUCCCCACCAGCCGCACGGGGACCACAAACGCCCUCACACACACUGUUUCAGACCCCCACUCACACACACAUACACUCACCUCGCGUACCCCUACCAGCACCUUUGGCUUCAAGAAGCAAGGUACUGGGAUGGUAACCAUGGUUACUGCUAGUGGCGCCACCAUCACGAGUGGCUCAGCCACCCUGGGGAAGAUGCCCAAAUCUGGGGCACGCUCACUAGCAGGAGGGCUGAAGGCCGGUGGUCACGAUGGCGGAUCAGCGCUGGGUCACCACGAUGACGGCUUCCUCCCCAUGAGCGCCCGCUCCACACUGCAGUACCGCAGCUUGCCAAGACCCAGCCGCUCCGGAGCAGCCGCACGCAACGGAAACCGCUCCUCCACCAGCAGCAUCGAGGCCGCCGUGCUCUCGGUCACAUCUCACGGCAAAAACUCAAUCAACAUCGCCAAGGCCAACGGCUCGGGAGGCCUGAUGGCCAAUCAGACGGAUCGGGAGAAGGGCGUCUCUGAAAUUGACAACCUCAGGAGUGGAGUGGUGAUGCAGGGUGGAGGAGCAGCGACUGUUCCUCUGACAGGAAGACAGCAGGUUUCCUCACCCACACUGCGCAGGUUGUUUGGUGGGAAGCCCAGUAAGCAGGCUCCCGUCACCACGGCUGAAAACAUGAAGAACUCCACUGUUAUCUCCAACCCCCACGCCACCAUGAACCACGUGGCCACGGUGCUGGAGUCACCUGACGGAGGGCUGGGAGGCGUAGAAAGCGAGACCAGCAGUCCCCUGUUUGGAGGCAGAGUGCACGGAUCGGGGAUGGGGACCCUGGGCAGCGAGCAGGCCUCCAGUCCCGGCUCAGUCUACUCCUCCACCGGCCCCUCCAACAGCCUGACAUGGGGCACCACCUUCAGCAGCUCCUCCGCCCAGAGCCGAGAGAGCACGCUGGGCGGGCACGGAGGGACAGGCAGCGUGGGAUUCCCCUCCGUCAGCAGCAUGCACACCAGCAGCGAGUCCAUUGACAUGAGCCUGGGCAGCGGGGGCCAUGGGACCCACAGGGAGGACACUCUGUCCGCUCUGGGCCGCGCUGGCAGCGUCAAGACUGGCAUGUCUGAGAGUCCCCUCUCCUCCCCCUCCGCUAGCCCUAUAUUCAGCCGAAACACGCUACCUCGGAAGCAGGACAGCGGGCCACACUGUGGUAGAAACACUCUGCCUAAGAAGGGACUCAGGUAUGGCCCAUCCCCACAGCUGCGAGGCCACGAGGAGGCCCGUGAUUGGCUGCGCUCCCACUCCACUAGUGGGCUGCAGGACUCGGCCAGUAACUCCCCGUUCUCCCCCGGCUCCAGCAUCACCUCCCCCUCCGGCACCCGCUUCAACUUCGGACAGCUCGCAUCAAGUCCGACCUCAGCAGCUCAGAUCAACCUCGCCAGUAUGCGCAACAACAGCCUGACCAAUCAGGAGGUCUCCUUUGACCCUUGCGGUGACAACCGACUGAGGAACUCGUGCAUGUCACUCGACGAGAAGACUCGCACCAUGAGUAGAUCGGGCUCCUUCAGGGACGGCUUCGAGGAAGUUCAUGGAUCCUCCCUGUCUCUGGUCUCCAGCACGUCUUCCAUUUACUCCACAAAUGAAGAGAAGUCUCAGUCGGAGAUCCGCAAGCUGCGCAGGGAGCUGGACGCCUCCCAGGAAAAGGUUUCCGCCCUGACGACACAGCUGAGUGCCAAUGCUCACCUGGUGGCAGCAUUUGAACAGAGUCUGGGCAACAUGACCAUCAGACUGAAGAGUCUCACCCUGACGGCAGAGCAGAAGGACUCUGAGCUGAAUGAACUGAGGAAGACCAUUGAGCUGCUGAAGAAGCAGAACGCUGUUGCUCAGGCUGCCAUCAAUGGAGUCAUCAACACCCCUGAACUCACACAUAAAGGGGACAGAACAGCCGGCAGUAAUGGCAGUCAACAGCAGCAACAGCAGCAGAUUCAGCAGCCAGACCUGCGCAUCAGGAGGCAGCAUUCCUCUGACAGCGUCAGCAGCAUCACCAGCGCAACCAGCCACUCCAGUGUCGGCUCCAACAUGGAUGCAGACGCAAAAAACAAGAAGAAGAACAAGAAGAACUGGCUGCGAAGCUCCUUCAAACAAGCGUUCAGCAAGAAGAAAUCUCCCAAGUCGGCCUCUUCUCACUCCGACAUCGAGGAGAUGACGGACUCCUCGCUGCCGUCCUCCCCCAAACUGCCUCACAACGGCUCCACAGCCUCCGGCCACAUGCUCAGGAACACACACUCCAACUCGCUGUACGUAGACAGUACACAUCAAAGAGUACACGUGGCAAACUAUCAAACGCUUAAUUCACAAUGUUUAAUGUCACUAAUCUGUGUUUUCCUGCCUUUGUGUGCGUGCAUACGCAGACUGUCAGAGUGUUUGGACAGCGAGGCGGAGACGGUGAUGCAGCUGCGCAGCGAGCUCAGGGAGAAGGAGAUGAAACUGACCGAUAUCCGCCUGGAGGCUCUCAGCUCCGCCCAUCAGCUGGACCAGCUCCGGGAGGCCAUGAACCGCAUGCAGCUGGAAAUCGAGAAACUGAAGGUGGAGAAUGACCGUCUGAAGGUGGAGAAUCAGGGCAGCAGGACAGGCUCCCAGGCCUCCAUCUCGUCCUCUCCUCCCCCUCACACGCACACACACAACCAGGCCCCGGGUACCGGGCCAGGGCUCUCCCAGCACAGUCUCAACCUCACCACCAGCGAGUCCACCAGCCUGGACAUGCUGUUGGAUGACACCGGCGGAGAGGGAGGGAUGAGGAAGGAGGGGAGACAUGUGAAAAUGGUCGUCAGCCUGGACGAGGUCAGCAAGUGGGGAGAGGAGGGCCGGCCUCGUCAUUUUCUGAUUGGUUGCAUCGGCGUGAGUGGUAAAACCAAGUGGGACGUCCUGGACGGAGUGGUCCGACGCCUUUUCAAGGAAUACAUCACCCAUGUGGACCCGGUGAACCAGCUGGGCCUGAGCUCAGAAAGCGUGGAGGGAUACAAAAUCGGCGAAAUCCACCGGCCCAGCAGCCUCAGGGCUGCCCUCACACCUGAACUACUGCCCUGCGGUUACCUGGUGGGAGACAGCAACACCAUCAACAUCCAGCUCAAAGGUGUGAGCAGUGAGAACGUGGACUCACUGGUCUUCGACACUCUGAUCCCGAAGCCGAUGCUGCAGCGCUACGUCUCCCUGCUGAAGGAGCACAGACGCGUCAUUUUGUCGGGCCCCAGCGGUACAGGCAAGACCUACCUGGCCAAUCAGCUAUCUCGGCACCUGCUGCUGCUGGAGGGCCGGCCCCUGACCCCGCACGCCGUCGUCACUUUUAACGUAGACCACAAGUCCAGCAAGGAGUUGCGUCAGUACCUGUCAGGCCUGGCCGAGCAGUGCAGCGGUGUCCCGGGGGCCGACAGCCCUCUGGUGGUCAUUUUGGACAACCUGCACCACAUCAGCUCCCUGGGAGAGAUCUUCAACGGUGUCUUCAACUGCAACUACCAGCACUGCCCCUACAUUAUCGGCACCAUGAGCCAAGCAACGUCAUCUGCCCCCAACCUGCAGCUUCACCACAACUUCAGGUGGGUGCUGUGCGCCAACCACAUGGAGCCGGUGAAAGGCUUCCUCGGUCGCUACCUGAGGAGGAAGCUGAUCGAGACGGAGAUCGGCAGCCGGACACGCAACAUGGAGCUGGUGAAGAUCAUCGACUGGAUCCCGCGGGUUUGGCACCACCUCAACCGCUUCCUGGAGACACACAGCUCUUCCGACGUCACCAUCGGACCUCGUCUCUUCUUGUCCUGUCCCAUGGACGUGGAGGGAUCCCGGGUUUGGUUCACUGACCUAUGGAACUACUCCAUCAUCCCUUACAUGCUGGAGGCUGUACGGGAGGGACUACAGCUGUAUGGCCGCAGAGCUGCGUGGGAGGACCCAGCUGCCUGGGUGAUUGACACUUACCCAUGGUCUGCCACGCCCACUCCUGCUGAAUGGCCCCCGCUGCUGCAGCUCCGCCCGGAGGAUGUUGGGUUCGAUGGCUACUCUGCCCCGAGAGAAGGAGUCAGGAAAGAGCCGCCACAGAGCGACAGUGACGCAGACCCACUGAUGAACAUGCUGAUGCGUCUGAAGGAGGCGGCGACGUCAUCGAGUCCGCAGAGCUAUGACAGCGACUCCAACAGCAACAGCCACCAAGAUGACAUCCUGGACUCGUCUCUGGAGUCGACCUUGUGAUGUCGCCAAAAGGCAACACAGGGAUCAGUUUUCAGGAGGAACUUUUUAUAAGAACUGUUCUCACUGUGAGAACUUCUUGUUGUGAGGAUAAUGUCACAAAAUCCAGCCACCUUAAUUUGGGUGCAGGUAACCCAAAUAUUUAAAAAGAAAAAAGGUUCAAAUUGCAUUUCAAAAAACGGGCAACAAGUUUCUACUGCACUGCGCUGUUUUUUGUUUGUUUUUUUUCACCGCUGUGGCCCGUGGCUCCUCUGUCAGGAGCCUGACAUCUACUUCAGACAGACAGAAUAAAAGCACGCAGCCUGUCACUGAUGCUGAGGCGUCAUCAUUACCAUCAUCACCAGCCAUCAGCGUACUUAAAUACCAGCCAGGAGUCCUCCACAGCAUCAGCUCCAGCUCAUCAGGCUGAGACGCUCCUGGUCCUGCCCAGCUGCAGUGCAUCUGAACUGCCUGCAGAUGGUGCUACAGGCCCUUGUCUCUGGAGCAUCAGUGAGCCUGAGCUACCAGCUGCUGAGAACACAGAUGCUGGUUGGAUGGAUGAACAGCCAGCCGCUUCCUCCUCCUGCUCGUCUACGGCUGGAGUUGCAUGUGGGAUUGCUGGAGGGUAAAUCGAGCCAAAGUGAAUGUUAAGUCCUACAGGAUGCCCACACACACUUCCAAAAACUCCUCAAAGAUUGUUAAAUGUCCCCUCAAACACUGUUUUAUUUCACUUAAACUAUAUCAAAGCCAAAUUUCUGAGUUGAAAAGAAAUAGUGAAAGAACAGUCAAUGUGUGUCCACAAAAAGUAAUUAAGGGAGCACUAAUAUAAAGUAGUUCCUACCAUCUACAUUUGAAUGUUUUUGAGUUAAAUGCAAAAAGUUAACUUCAUUAAAAACCUUCAGUGGACAAAAAGGAUGAGAACUGUGAGUGUUUAUAUAUGAUAUACACUACUGUUCAAAAGUUUGGAAUCAUCUGUAAUGGCUGUUUUAACAUAGAUAACAACAGUAUAAUUCAGACACCAAAUCUAUUGUUUACAUUUGAAAUACUCUUGGCCCUAAAAAAUAAAAAUUAAAUGUUCAAAAAUUCAACUUAAUUGACCCACAGCCUUGCAUGACCAGGGAAGAAUACCCUUUGAUUUUGAAUUUGUUUUCUCGUCCAGGAAAGCGUAAGUGACCCUAGAUCAUUAACAAGCGACAAUGGUGCUUGCAGUUGGAUAAAGGAGGAGGUUUAGCGCGCUUCAGCCGACUCACAAGGAACGAGGCCUGUUCUCCGCUCUCAGAGUAGGGCAAUGUCGUAUCAGGACAAAUAUUGUCUUAGACUGAUAAAGAUGCACCUGCCAUUGAAACGUUGUUUAAUAAAGUAUGUUGCAAUAGGUGCUCGCAACUGGGCUCUAAAUAUUUUAGUAACCUGUUUUUCUUUGGGCCUUCUGUAGUCUAAUCUAUAGAUCCAUUCAGUAAGUUAAAAUUGUGAUUUUUCAGUCAGUAAGUAGUAAGCUGAUAUUAUAAAAGUUUUAAACAAAAGCAAGACGCUGUUUGUUUUCAAACUCUUCAUACAAAAUAACAUCUAUCUGUAAAGAGGAUGUUCUACAACUGCAAAGCAUAAAAGACAAUUCAAAAACAUACAGUCAUCCUCUGAGCCGUCUGACUGUACCAAAUCAAGCUUUUGCAGCAGGUUAUUCAAAACCUUUAACAUUAGUGUAAAGAUGAGGACAAGGAAGUUGGCAAACACUGUAGCACCAUUGCUUCAGCACCAGAAAAAUGUGUGUGGAAACGAAGGAGACAAGCUUGGUCAAUUUAACCAAAGAUUCUCACCACAAUCCUUGCUCAAACUUUGUUUUGGAGUUGACACCUCAUAUGGCACUUCAUCAACAUCCGCAGUGGUUACAUCCUCCCACAUAGCUGAGCUGUUGUUCUAGUAGAGAGGGGUUCCUUUGAAAUGGAGCAGAAUAAAGUGAUAAAUGCAUAAGUUUUAUUGGCCAAACACACAAUUGGAAACACAAACACCUGUCAGAUCUCCUGAAAAUAAAAAUCUUUUCUUAUCCAGCAAACAUUUGUAGCCAAUUUUACAAAGCAAGGCAAAAUCUAAUUACAAAAUCCCUUUAAGACUUUCAGGAGGAAUGGGCACUAACUGGGAAAUUAACAUUCACCAUGGCUAGAUUUAUGCUUUUAACUUUUACCGUGUUUGAGAUAAUGUCAUUUCCUAUCUGUGUUCAGUGUCAUUUCACAAAAAAACGCCUCUACCAAGUUCUAAGUUCUGUCUUUGACCGCUUAAUCAUCCUUUGAAUGCUCCAUGCACAUUGGCCCAAACAGGCUGUUGUAGCACAAAUCUCUUUUGGUGCUGGACCGAGUUCUAACAAACAAUGCCUUACUCUUUUCUAACAGACUAUGUGCAUUAGCUGAUUCUUUAUUUGUCUAAAUGGCUGUAAACUUAACAGGGCUCCAAAGUCGACCCUCUCCUCGAAGAGCGGCGUCGACCUCUCAUCAUAUCAAACACCAAUUGCCGUGGAAUUGAGAUGUGAAUGAGAAGCAGUACUCUGGGUUUCAAAUUAAGGUGUAUGCAUGUAUGACCCAGUGCUGUGAAGCUGGUGUAAAUAUUUGGACCACUGGCAAGAAAGAAAAAAAUAUAUAUAUAGAUGUGUUUUGGUGCUCGAAAUCAGAAGUUUUUGCAGGUUGAUUGGGUGAAGGAAGUUUAGGAAGAUGUGUUGAUUUUAUACCUCAUCCUCAUCCUUUAACUGUGCUUUCGCCAUGCUCAUAGUCUGUUUUGAUUAUGUGAUUUGUGAUGAACAGAACUGUCAUGACAAACAUGAUGAACUAAUUAAGUGAAAACUAGUGUAUAUGCUGCUUUGUUGAUAGUGUUAUAAUUAAUGAGGUUAAAAGGUAUAACGGUACUUGUGGUUGAACGAUAAUGUAAAACGGUUUGACAUCAUUUCUGUGGCUUAAAAAAAAAAUAAAGAACAUUGUACUUUUUCUUUGUUUUUAAACCUGCCUUCUGGGAAGGGCAGGCUGACGCUUAAAGCCGGGGUCAUGCAUCGCUUUUAGUGUUUUUAUCACCAAUCCUAUGCAACAUUCAUUCUGAUCUCCAAAUGGAAGCCAAAAGCUGAAUGUGCGUUUGUCUCCCGCCCCCCCCUUCCCCCCCAUUCCCCACCAUUCCCCACCAUUCCCCACAUCCCCGAGCGGUUUUCAGCACUGCCGAGACGUACAGCAUGGAACCCGAUUUGUGAAGACUUUUAGGAUUUGUUGCCCAUGGUCUUUGUCCAUAUGUGUGUAUGUGUAUUUUAUAUAGAGGCUUUCCCGCUACGGUCCUUGUAAGCACAAAGAGACUGAUUCUCUGUCUUGUGUAAAGCCGGCUCUGAGAGGUGUGGAUGUUGUUGAAGCAUUUGACCAGUCGGUCAGUUUAUUACUCACAAACUCAAUGAAUGUUUAGCCUUCUUUGCUAUGUACAUUUUUUAUAUGUAACAUAACUUUGUAAAUAGUUGAUUAUCUUGCAGCAUUUUGAUGACUUUUUCUAGCUGAUUUGUAACAGUACUUGAAAAGGAGUAUUUUGUGUACAGUCUCUUUACAUCAGAGCAGAUUGGUGCUGUUUGUCACUGGUCUGUCCAGGGCUCGGAGAAUUAAAUCUAUCACUGUACUAGUCUUAAGUUAUUGUGAUUCAAUAAAAAUUAAUGAUUAUUUAUGAUUGAA